AUGGCUGAGAUCACCGAACUGCGAGCGGCGCACGCCAUGUCACCAGUUCUGGCUGGUUUCAUUGGAGCGGGGAUUCUGGUUCUGGUCGUGGUGGUUUUGGUUUUGCUCUGGUCACUCUGCCAGCGCCGCUACCUGCGGGCUUCAGGCCGCUACAAGCUCCAUGGCGAGCGGUUCUGUGACCCGGCUGAGGAUCCGCCCUACAAGUUUAUCCACAUGCUGAAAGGAAUCAGCAUCUACCCGGAGUCUCUGAGCAGCAAGAGGAUCGUCCGCGGGAUCCGCCGGGCAGGCCGGCAGGGGCCCUGCGCCACAGGGGGGAGGGGCCGGGUGAUGGUGGACGCCGAAAACAACAUUCUGGACGUUCCGGGUCAGCUGCAAAUGAGUCAGCUGGUCCCACCCAACGGGCCAGGGCCAGGGCCAGUCCAGGACCAAGCCCGGCUCGAGAGGGCUCUCCCGGUCAGGGCCGACUACUGCUGUGUGGAGAGCAGCUCGGCCAGCAGCAGUGAGAGCAGCAGCAAGACAGCGUCACCUUUCACCCCGGCCUCCUCCGACCCUGAGCCCGAGCCGGGCCUCGGCUCUAUAAGCCUGGCUGUGGAUUACAACUUCCCCAAGAAAGCGCUCGUGGUCACCAUUGUGGGCGCGCACGCCCUCCCGGCGAUGGAUGAGCAGGCGGGGAGCUCCGACCCCUACGUGAAGAUGACCAUCCUCCCCGAAAAGAAGCACCGCGUGAAGACCCGCGUGCUGAGGAAGACCUUGGAGCCGCUCUUUGAUGAGACCUUCACUUUCUAUGGCGUGGCCUACAGCUCGCUGCCCGAACUCACGCUCCACUUCCUUGUCCUCAGCUUUGAUCGCUUUGCCCGUGAUGACGUCAUCGGAGAAUCGGUGGUUCCCCUAAAAGGCGUGGACCCCAGCACUGGGCGGGUCCAUCUCACCCAGCAGAUUACCAAGAGGAACAUGCAGUGUGAAAGCCGGGGGGAGCUCCUGGUGUCUCUGUCCUAUCAGCCGGUCUCUCAUCGUCUCAGCGUGGUCGUCCUCAAGGCCCGUCACCUGCCAAAGAUGGACAUCACAGGCCUGUCUGCUAACCCCUACGUGAAGGUCAACGUGUUCUACGGUCGGAAGCGCAUCGCCAAAAAGAAGACGCACGUGAAGAAGUGCACACUCAAUCCCGUCUUUAACGAGUCCUUCAUCUAUGACGUCCCUCCCGAGCUCCUCCCGGAGAUUUCUGUAGAGUUCCUGGUGGUGGACUUCGACCGAACCACCAAGAACGAGGUUCUGGGUCGCCUGGCACUCGGCCUGCACAGCCCCUGUCCCUCUGGCGCCUCCCACUGGAGGGAAGUCUGCGAGAACCCCCGCCGGCAGAUCUCCAAAUGGCACAACCUAAGCGAGUACUAG